CAGUGUUACCGCGGCCCGGGCCUUAGUCCCGCCCUCGCAGGAGGCGGGAGAGGAAAGCGAGCCUGGCGGCGGGUUGGGCCCCGCAGCAGCUCCCGCCGGCCGGCUUCGUCCUGCGCUCCCUGCUCCAGGCGGCCGCGCCCAGCCCCCGCCAUGCGGCCCCGGGGGCUCUGCGGGGCCGCGCCGCUGGCUGCGGCCGCCCUCCUGGUGCUGGGGGCUCCCCUGGCGCUGGCCGGCGAGGACUGCCUGUGGUACCUGGACCGGAAUGGCUCCUGGCAUCCAGGCUUUAACUGCGAGUUCACCUUCUGCUGCGGGACCUGCUACCAUCGGUACUGCUGCAGAGACCUGACCUUGCUCAUCACCGAGAGGCAGCAGAAACACUGCCUGGCGUUCAGUCCCAAGACCAUAGCAGGCAUCGCCUCCGCCGUGAUCCUCUUCGUGGCUGUGGUUGCCACCACCAUCUGCUGCUUCCUCUGUUCCUGCUGCUACCUGUACCGCCGGCGUCAACAUCUGCAGAGCCCGUUUGAAGGCCAGGAGAUUCCAAUGACAGGCAUCCCAGUGCAGCCAGUGUACCCAUACCCCCAGGACCCCAAAGCUGGCCCCGCACCCCCACAGCCUGGCUACAUGUACCCUCCUAGUGGUCCUCCCCAGUAUCCACUCUACCCGGCUGGGCCCCCUAUCUACAACCCUGCAGCUCCUCCCCCCUAUAUGCCGCCACAGCCCUCCUACCCAGGAGCCUGAGGACCCAGCUGUGUCUCUGCUGCCCCUUCAGUGAUGCCUCUCCCCUGUAUCUGCAUCUGGCCCUGGGGGUGGACAGGGGGCCUCUACUCACCAGGCCCCAGAAAAAGCCAAGCCCUGGGUCCUACUGUUAUGGAGCCCCAGGGAAGUAGACCAGGAGCUGAGCUGGAACUUGGCCAUGAACGAGGGGUGGGUGGGGAGGGCUUCCAAUCGGGGGGAUUAUUUUUUACCUGGGGCAAGAGAAGGACAUGAAAGCCUGGGUCAAAGCCCCUGCUUUCUCAGAGUCCCUCUACUCUCAGGAUCCCAGCCAGGAAGGCUGGGGCCUGUCCUGUUUGCUCACUGUGGGCUGGGGCGCGGUGGGGAGUGGGCUCCAUCAGCAGUGGGCAGAAGCCCUGCUCCUGGCUGCCCCCUGGUCAGGGCUCCAACCUGCUGGAUUAAAGCUGUAAAGCUGUAA